CCUGUCCUCAUUAGAAUGGGCGGUGCACCGUUCGUGGUCAGGCCAUACGCGGACAUUGUCUUCGACCGUCGCGCAUAAGUGCAAGAACCUACGGGAAUUAUUGUUAAGCUAAUUAGUGCUACGCUACUGCUGGGUUCGAGUUCCAUGAAACCAACCAGAAGUCAUGAGCUAGUUUCUUCCUAUUCUUCCAGGUGUUAAAAACCAUAUUUUUUUGGAGAGUGUGGCACCUAUGAUAAAAAUUAGACAGUGUCCAACAUAGAAGGUGAAAAUUCAAAGUGAUCAAAUUGGUGUUUGAAAAAAAGGGAAACGUUGGGUGAAUGGCGUCCCAAAAGUGCGCGGAGAGAGAUUAUCUUGAUUUACAGCUGUUUUGUACGGCAUAAGUACAAUACAACCCACGGAUCAUUCACGUAUUUGAUGAAUCAGUCAAUACCGCUAAUCCCAAGAAUUGAAUCGAGUGUAAUCGCCCUACUAUUCGGAGAAGUGUUAUCAACAAAAUCGGAGUGCUUCACGUACGGCCAGCCGUGAAUUGUUGUAGCUUUGAAACAGUUAAACCACCACCAGCCGUAAUCAUCGAAAGUGUUUGCUGCCUAGCUGGGUGAGAGGACUUUGCCGAAUCAACGGUAGAUAUCCGGCUAACAGUUCGUGUCCGCCUAGAAGGUUGAACGGGUUCGUCGUGGUCGUGGCUCGCCUUUAGUUUUUGAAAAAGAAAAAAAAAACGGAAUCGGGACAACCAGGAACGGGAGCAAACCGGGUCAACCGUUUGUUGUAGGCAGGGGUGAAUCGGGUCAGCCCUUUUCUGAAAAACUUCAUCGGUGGCCAGCCACAUUGUCGUCCCUAAACGAUCGGGUGAGCCUAAAUCAUCGAGUCCACCACCAUGUGGGACUCCCAGCUGGUAUGGGCUAGGGAUUCCCAGCAGGGCUACAUCCAGGGCCGGAUCACGGAAAUCGGAGGCCGCGAGUACGAGGUGCUUCCGGUCGAUAACAAACUUCAGAAGCGCAGCUGCAUCCCGGAGGAUAUCUUCCCGUCCUGCGAAUCCGUGUCCGAUCAUGAUGAUAACUGUGAAUUGAUGUUCCUAAAUGAGGCUACCCUUCUAGACAAUAUUAAAAAUCGAUACUAUAAGGACAAAAUCUAUACCUUCGUGGCAAACAUCCUGAUAGCGGUCAACCCGUACAAGGAAAUCCGUGAUCUCUACUCCAAGGCUACGAUCAAGCGGUACAAUGGCAAAUCGCUGGGGGAGCUGCCGCCGCACGUUUACGCCAUCGCCGAUAAGGCCAUCCGGGACAUGCGGGUGCUCAAGAUGUCCCAAUCGAUCAUCGUAUCGGGAGAAUCAGGUGCCGGUAAGACGGAGAGUACCAAAUAUUUGCUGAAAUACCUGUGCGAUGCAGCUUCGGCUGCCGGACCCAUUGAGCAGAAGAUUCUGGACGCUAAUCCGAUUCUGGAAGCGUUUGGUAAUGCAAAAACUACCAGGAACAAUAAUAGCUCCCGUUUUGGCAAGUUUAUCGAGGUGCAUUACGACAGCAAGUGUCAGGUGGUGGGAGGACACAUUUCACAUUAUCUGCUGGAGAAGAGCCGAAUUUGUACCCAAAGUCUGGAGGAACGUAACUACCAUGUGUUCUAUCUGCUUUGUGCCGGUGCGCCGCAGCAGUUGAGGGAUAAGCUGCUGAUCGGAAAACCGGAUGACUAUCGGUAUUUGGCCGGGUGUACCCAGUAUUUUUCUACUGGUGAGACGGAUCGGAAGAUUCCGAACUCACAGAAGUCUAAGGAUCACAUGAGUAAGGGUUCGCUGAAAGACCCGAUUUUGGAUGAUUUCAACGAUUUCCAUGAUCUGGAUCAGGCGCUCUCCCGUUUGGGACUGUCGGAUGGGCAGAAGUUUGAAAUCUAUGCACUGGUGGCUGCGGUGCUGCAUUUGGGCAACAUUAACUUCGAAGAUAAUCCUGAGGAUGCCAAGGGUGGUUGUCGAGUGGCUUCAGCUUCCGAGAAGGCGCUGGUCAUCACCGCAAAGCUUAUCGGAUUGGAUCCGUUUGAGCUGAGACAGGCUUUGGUUUCGCGAGUGAUGCAGAGUAAGGGUGGCGGCAUCAAGGGUACGGUAAUUAUGGUGCCGCUUAAAAUUUACGAAGCAAACAACGCACGGGAUGCGUUGGCUAAGGCGCUGUAUUCCAGAUUGUUCGAUCACAUUGUGUCGCUGAUCAAUCAGAACAUUCCCUUCCAGGCGUCUAGUUAUUAUAUCGGUGUACUGGAUAUUGCUGGUUUUGAAUACUUCACCGUGAACUCUUUCGAGCAGUUCUGCAUCAACUACUGCAAUGAGAAGUUGCAAAAGUUCUUCAACGACAACAUUCUUGCCGCCGAACAGGACCUGUACAAGCGAGAAGGUCUCAACGUUCCGGAGAUUAAAUUCACUGACAAUCAGGAUAUUAUCGAACUCAUCGAAGCCAAAUCGGGUGGCAUCUUCAACCUGUUGGACGAGGAAUCGAAGCUGCCGAAGCCGUCGUAUGCGCACUUCACGGCGGAAGUGCACAGCGCUUGGCCAGGGCACUUUCGGCUGUCUUUGCCGCGAGCCUCCCGCCUGAAGGCUCACCGGGUGCUGCGGGACGACGAGGGUUUCCUGGUGCGCCACUUUGCCGGAGCCGUCUGCUAUAAUACCAAUCAAUUUAUCGAGAAGAACAACGAUGCCCUGCACGCUUCCCUGGAGGGGCUGGUUCAGGAAUCGGAAAAUCCACUGUUGAAGCGGUUGUUUGCCAGUGGCAAGGCUACUUCGAGCAAGGGCAAGUUGUCCUUCAUUUCCGUCGGGUCCAAGUUCAAAUCACAGUUGGGCGAGCUGAUGGAAAAGCUGGAGAAAAAUGGUACCAACUUCAUCCGGUGUAUAAAGCCGAACAGUCGCAUGAUCGAUCACGAAUUCGAGGGUAGCUUGGCCCUGGCGCAGCUGAAAUGCUCGGGAACCACCUCGGUGCUGGAGCUUAUGGAGUACGGCUACCCGUCCCGGGUACCGUUUAGCGAGCUGUACAACAUGUACAAAUCCUACCUUCCACCUGAGCUGGCCCGCCUAAAUCCGCGUACCUUCUGCGAGGCGAUGCUGCACUCGCUCAAGCUCAACGAUAAAGAUUUCAAGUUCGGCAUCACCAAGGUAUUCUUCCGGCCCGGGAAAUUUGUCGAGUUCGAUCGGAUCAUGAAGUCGGAUCCGGAAAAUUUGAAGGCGAUCGUUGCCAACGUCAAGAAGUGGCUGGUGCGAUCCCGCUGGAUCAAGUCCGUGUUUUGUGCAAUUUGUGUUAUUAAAUUAAAAAAUCGUAUCAUCUACCGGAACAAGUGCGUCCUUAUUGCGCAGAAAACGAUUCGGGGCUAUCUGGCGCGUAAACGUCAUCAACCGCGCAUCAAGGGUAUCAUAAAGAUCAAUGCGAUCAAAACGAACAUGGGCAAGAUGCAGGAGAUUGCCAACGAGUUGAAGAGCGAACGGGACAACAUGCUGAGGCAGGUGGCCGAUGUGCAGCGAGCCAUCGAGGAAGCCGUCCGAAAGAUCAAGGGCAAUCCGAAAAUUACCCAAGCCGAAAUCGACGGACUGUACGGCGGAGUGAUGUCCAAGAUUGACGCCCAGAUGAAGAUGAUUCACAUCAAGCUGCAGGAGCAACGGAACGCGGAAGAACAGGAACGGUUACGCAAGAUUCAGGCAGCUCUGGAAGCGGAACGGAAAGCCAAAGAGGAAGAGGAGCGACGGCUUCGUGAGGAGGAAGAAAAUAGGAAAAAGAAAGCAGAAAUCGAGACCCGCCGUAAAGAAGAUGAGGCUCGCCGUUUGAGACAGGAAGAAGAGGACCGAAAAGCAGCUCUGGCACUUCAGGCUCAACUGGAAAAGGAAGCCCAGGAGGACAUCGCUUAUCGCCAGCAGUUGGAACAGGAGCGGCGUGACCACGAGCUCGCUCUCCGAUUGGCCCAGGAAUCCAACGGCCAGGUCGAGGACAGUCCUCCGUUGUUGAGAAACGGUACGCCAGAAGUUACGCCUUUGGGUAAUCCGAAUCGAUUGAUCAGAUCUGAAGCGAUCCGCGCCCAUCAGCAGCUGAUCGAGAAGCAAAAGUACGACCUGUCGAAGUGGAAGUACUCGGAGCUGCGGGACGCGAUCAAUACCAGCUGCGACAUCGAGCUGCUGGAGGCGUGCCGGCACGAAUUCCACCGGCGCCUGAAGGUGUACCACGCCUGGAAGGCAAAGAACCGCAAGCGCACCACAAUGGACGAGAACGAGCGGGCCCCGCGUAGCGUCAUGGAAGCAGCAUCCCGAGCGCCGCCGCGUCUUUCGCCGAAGCAGGAAAUUACCAACGGCAUGGUGCAUCGCUACUUCCGCAUCCCGUUUGUGCGGCCCAGUCCGAACCAGGAGGACAACAACAAACGGGGCUGGUGGUAUGCGCACUUUGACGGCCAAUACGUAGCCCGCCAGAUGGAGCUGCAUGCCGACAAGCCUCCGAUUCUGUUGGUUGCCGGCGUUGACGAUAUGCAGAUGUGCGAGCUGAGUCUGGAAGAGACGGGCCUGACCAGGAAGCGGGGUGCCGAAAUUCUAGAGCAUGAGUUCAACCGGGAGUGGGAACGAAACGGUGGCAAACCGUACAAGAAGACUGGCAAGGGAGCUUAGUUCGAGGGAAGACAAACUCCCUCAAAGACAGGAUUUUGAACUUCUAUGAAAAUAUUUAUUUUUAAUAUUGAUUUACAUCAAAAUGGUAAGUUUGGGUGGUCCAGUUCCAAACAUAAAAUAUACAAAAUUCUAGCUGAAAGUUGUCUUUCCAGUGUCUUGAGUUUAGGUGCCUUUUUUCCACCCUUUCGGGAAGCAAAAUUCAUAAUUACAUAGUACAUUCCAGGUGCUUUUGGUAACAUCCAACGAAAAGUAGAGAGAACCACAAGAGUUUGAAACAGAUUGACAGUAUUUCAGUCGAUUCCAUAUUGCAAUUGAAAUUAUUCAGCCACUUGUCUGCAGAGAGUUAAUUUUCCCAAUGCUCGGGAAAUUUUCAACAAAACCGUAUUAUAGUUAAUAGUCAAACUUUUUUUUUAUUUUGCGUAUAGGUGUGAGUUCUGGUUUGACGAAGCAUCUAGAAAAAAAAAACCGUUUUAAAAUAAACAACAACAGUAAAAGACAAACAACCUUUAUAAAAAAACCAUCGAUAUGUUUACCAUUUUUGAAAGAAGAGAAAAAGAAUAGAGACAACUAUUUUAUUUAUUGAACAACAUCUAACAAAACUAAAACAAAAUUCCUUCAGAAAAAAUAGUGCAAACAUCUGUCUUCAAAGAAGCUAUAAAACUUAUACUGUUCUGACACGACAAAAAAAAUUAAAACAAAAAUCUAUAUAUCUGUUGGUAUGUGAGAGACUAUUUAGUAUCGAUUCGCGAGAAAAUUUCGCUGAAUAUAUUUAAAACAAACACACAUCAACAAAUAAACCAAUGUUCAAUGUAUAUGACGAAAAACAAAUCAAACAAUAUUUACGAUACAGUUGUACUUUGAGAAGCAGAGUAUGUAGUCAUAUUUUACUGAAACUGAAAGAUUUAUUUAAACGUUCUCUUCACUCUCUUAUAUAUGCGAGAUAACUUUUUUAUCAAUUCCACAACUCCACAAAAAAUAGCAGAAAAAAUGAAACCAUUGGAAGGGGAACACAACUACGUAAACUUUGCGAAAUCUGCUGCUGCUUCAUUAGACACAAGUGAUUUUCUUGAUUUGUUGUUUUACAUCCCGAUACCCGAUCGAUACGCUAUAAUAAAUUGCUUGAGUUUUUUAAAAGAAUGCUAAACACAA